CUGAUAGCGAGCCGCCAAAUCCUCGUACCUCGUUUUUCCAUCCACGUAUUGACGUUUCGUACACGUCCGUCGCGGCGACAUGCUUCAGUUUGCUACUGGACGAACAACACCGUGUGCUUCGCAGCCGUGACAAUGCCGCGACGUCGAAACGUCAGGCAGCGCGAGUGAAAUUUAGUUUCCGGUGACGAACGAGGGGGUGCGGAUUCGCUGUAAAAGUCACGAGGACCGAGGGUUAUUCUUCCUCACAAAGGAUCGCAGAACGAGAUGGUUAACCGAGUGAACAGUGCUUCUUGAGUUCCUGAAACCUGACAUUAUUGUUGGACUUGUUUCUUUCUGUGCAAAGGUAAGAUUGUUCCAAUGAGGAUUUCGAGGAUGCCGCGUAUGGAACGGGCAAAGUUUUUGUGGGAGUCGUAGGAGGUUCUCGUGAUGUAAGAGGAACUGCUCGAACGAUGACUAGAGACGAUCCUAUGAGAAUUGCAAUGACAGUGCAUCGUUGAGUAAAGGAACUGCAACGAAAAGUGUUUUCGUAGUGUUUGUUCGUAUGCGAACGCGCGAUGGCUUGUUCGAUGGAGAACGGUGCACGGUUGGAAAAUGCGAAAAUGCGUGAAAUCUCGGUGCGCGUGAAUACCAAUUGAUUAAAAUUCGUAUUGAAAAGUAAUGUUCGUGUAUUGAAAGAACACCAAGACUGUUGACUCUCUUAAGUUAGAUCUCGUCAACUUUUUCGAAGAAUCGAUUCCGUCGCAGAGAUCCGACGAUCACCGAUUGGGAAUGUGCACCACGGAAAUGACAGAAUCGUACACGAUGUCGCCGUCGACGACGGUGUCUUCCAGCGCCACGACGCCGGGCUGCUUAGGAUCGCCGGCUCACCGACGGACACCUUGCAGGAGUUCCCCCGGUCGUGGCGAAGUCCAGGACGACGAGGACGAGAUUUCCGUAGGUUGCCCUAGUCCUCUGCCCCUCGUCGUAGCCGCACCCACCGUAGAAGAGGACGAGAGGUUAUCCCAAUCGAGGGAAGAAUACGUGGAACGACUCAGCCCUCGAAGAAGUUACACCAGAGACUCGGUGGUCGACGACGAGGACAGUUACUCCCGUAGCGGCGAUUACAGAAUUUCGAACGGCAGACGAAUGCGAACGCACGAAAGCAGCGGUGGAGACUCCGUGACCACGUUGAGGGACGAGGAAGAGGAUGAAGAGGACGAGGAAGAAGUGAACAGUAGGACUAGUAGUAACGGUGCCGCGGCAGCCGGUGCCACAGACGAUUACUUCAAACCUUUGAAGCGUCUGAAGAUGGUGCAGAUGCAGCAAUCGGACGACGAGGACGACAGAGAUCGUGAUGCGAACGAGCGGGGAGUUAAGUCUUUCAGUAUCCUGGAUAUUCUCUCGCACAGACCCAAAGCGAAAAUCGUGCGUCCAUGGGACACGGUCGAAUCGAGCUUAAAUCAUCAUCAUCAUCGGCAUCAUUUGCAUCAACAGCAACAGCCACCGCAUCAACAUCACUUGCAUCCUCACCACAACCAUUCCACAACGGCCAGAGAUCUGUCCUUGAUGGGAAUGUCCUUAGCGUCCAUGUCCGGUUCCAUCAGUGAACCGCCUCUCAGCAGCUCGUCCUCUUCCGGCAGGAGCUCUGUUUCCGAUUCCGGAAGUCCGGACCCUCUGGCUCACCAUCAUCAUGGUUUGCAUCACAGCAUGCACUCGAGUUUGCAUCACCCGACGUUGCAACAGCAGCAGCAGCUCAAGAGAAAAUCGUCGCAGCAACACGGUUCUCAGAGCGGGCAUCAAGGGAAGAGGACAACGGGACAAGGAAGUCCUCUGGAUGCUCUAUUCCAGAUGACCAGCAAAACGUUCGACGCCGGCGAGCACAGUCAAGAGCAAGCGAACCAUCUGAACCUGUUUAACAACCGGCAGCAACCGAAGAAGAAACGGAAGAGUCGAACGGCAUUUACGAACCAACAGAUAUUCGAGUUAGAGAAACGAUUUCUCUACCAGAAGUACUUGAGCCCAGCGGAUAGGGACGAGAUCGCGGCUCAGUUGGGUUUGAGCAACGCUCAGGUGAUCACGUGGUUCCAAAAUAGGCGGGCGAAACUGAAGAGGGACAUGGAGGAGCUGAAGAAAGACGUGCAGACGGUGAACCCGUUGUUGGUAGCGCAACAUCACAAAACCUUCCUAGAAAACGUCCAGGAUCUGGGCAUUCUGAAGAAGCGACCUUUGCCCAACAGCAUGGACGAGAAGUCGUAGGGAUUGAGACGCCUCGAUGCUCGUCGUUGAGGAACAAAUCAUAAUUCUGUUGAAACUAGAAGCUUGUACGAAUUGUCUAUCGGAUGAUCUAGGAUGAUAGAGCGAGCACGUUCUGGAAAUGCGCUUCCUCCGAAAGACAUGCGUAAAGGUGGAAGGUGUAGUUGAGAUUUUACGCGGUUCAAUUUAGUUGAACACUAUAAGUAGUUCAACGAAUUUGAAACUAAAUGAACAUCCACUCAAGAUGACAUGACGACUUCAAUUGUUCGUACAUUUUAUCUUGAAUUUUACUGAAGCUAACUUGAUUGAAUCGUGUAAGUUUACCUUCGAACACUCCUUUUUCCUACGUAGACCAACUCGAUGGUAUCUUUUGAGUAGGAUUUUCGUAGACUCCUUUUCUGUAGCACUUACAGUUAGUACGCGGGAGUACGAGUGGCACUGGUGGAAUUAAAUAAAUUGGGUUAGUAUACUGAAUCUUAUGGAUAGGGCAUAGUACAAAGAUACAACAGGUCUUUCUGACACACAUGACGAUUAAGGGCGUAUUAUCACUAUACAGUGUGGAAGGGCGUGGAAUUUGUUAAUAAAGAUCGGUCCUUGUUGUAAUCUUUUCGGGUAAAACGAGUGAUUAGGACUGGGAAUGUGUGGAAAAAUUUGAGAGACUGUAGGAUUGGAGACGAUCGUGGCGAUACACGAUAUUAUGUACAAUAAAUCUUUGCGAGGCAACGACACAUUUCGAUCAGUGUAAAAUAUGAAUUAAAGACUGCCAAAUAUAUCACAGCUGAUCCCCGAACGUGAACGAUAUAUUCCAAUAUUUAAAAUCGCUUGUCUCGUUCGCGAUUCAUUAUCUUAUAAAAAUUUUUAUCGAUCAAGUUAACAAGAUCUUUGUAAUUAUUUGAGAGUGAAGAAUUCGCGUGUUCUGACCCAGAAGGUUUGAACGAAAUUCACGGUUCCUUUUAAGGGAAACGUUUACAAUUAAAUCUGCUACGAUCCAUUUGCAGACAGCCUGUAUCAUAUUUGUAUUUAUUGCGGAAAGAAGAGGAGCGUUAAGGAUAUGAAAAGCCAAAAGUGAUCUAAAGAAAAUGCCGGGCGAUUACGUACAUGUAUAGUAUAAGUUAUUAAGUAAAUGUUAUAGCGUAUAAAUUAUGAACGAGACACGUUCUCGGUGUUGUACAUAAGUUGUAUAUAAUAUACGUCGUUCACCCCCCGAUUAAAUAUUACGCAUUAAAACGAGAUAGAGUCGUCGUCGCAAGCAUGAUUAGAAUAAAUGGAAGAAGGGAUGUGAAAGCACAGUAUAAUGAGUCAAAAAUCGAACUUUACAAAUAAACGAUAGAUGGGACACUGCAAUAUACCUGGUCAUCAAUUUAAUUAGUAAGUUUUACGAUCGCGUAACAUGUAUAAAUAAAUUCGUAUCGCGCUUGAUGGUUUACAAGGUGAUAAACGCGUGUGAACGUGGGACGCGGAUGAGUGCGUAUGUGCGUGAACGUGAACUCUAGUACUGUGUAUAG